GUCAAACACUAGUAAUUAUUUCCUUACAUCAGUAUUGUGUACAUGUAUAUUUGUGUGUGUAAACGUCAAAUUUCCAAGAAAUUCGCCUGGCCGCCGGAGCCUCGGUGCCUCGAUUUGGAAAGCGUUCGAUACAGGUGUUAUUCAGUUCCCAGGAGAUAUGUACCCACCCCUUUUCGAGUGUAUAAUACCGAUAGACAUAUUAUAAAACCAAAUUUAGUGCUGUAUACUUCAGACGCGAUAUCUUUAGAUAUUUUUCCUUAUCGCAUGUACAAGUAUUUUUUCUUGACUAUUGUAAUCCGUUUUCUUGGAAUCGUGAACUACGCAUAUUGAAUAAGCCUUCACCAUGUCACUUUGGGCGAGAGCUCAACAGCUGCCCCAAGAGAGCUUGCAGCAGGUGCGCGCCAUCUAUGGAGAUCAUUUUCCGAUCGAAGUACGUCAUUGUCUCGCAUCGUGGAUAGAGAGCAGGAUAUGGACUACGGAGCCAGAGGAACAGCAGAGGUACUUCGUGGAGGAGUUGGUCCAAGAGAUCCAGACGAAUGCGGAUCUGAUGUUAUCUCCGGAGAUGUUUGUGACCCAGAUGAAAUUGAAGGAAGCUGCCAAUAACUUUAGAGUGCAGUACAGUCAUGAACCUCACAAACUGUACGCUUAUUUACGUCGUUGUUUGGCUUUGGAGAUGGAAGUUAUACAGAACGCAAUGGGAACGCCGUAUGUUGCGCAACCUCAUACUGAAAGGAAAUAUAGCGAGCUAAUAACAGGUCUACAAAAUGUUAGACAGAAAGUCAGUAUGGUCGGUGAAGAGAUCAGAUCACUUCAGGCUAACAUUGAAUCAUUCUCACUGCAGUAUCACGAAUGUUUGAAGAAUAAAGGUCAUAUAAAUUACCUGCAACAGUCAGGUCCUAUCACCGCUGAACGUAGAGAGCUGGAGGCUCAUCUUCGUGUUCAAAUCGAGGAUAUGGAGAGGAAACUUAAUGCGCUGGUGGCACAAAUAAAUCAGUCUCAAAUGGAGCUGGUUGAUCGUAUGAAGGAUAAUAUUGCUAACUUACGUCAGCUUCAGAGUCAAGUAUUGGACGAGGAGUUGAUCAAAUGGAAACGAGAACAGCAAUUGAGCGGUAACGGAGUACCGAUGCAAUCGAACCUAAAUACGAUACAAGAAUGGUGUGAAUUACUCGCUGAUUUAAUAUGGACAAGUAGACAGCAGGUCAAUAAUGUUGCCAGAAUCAACAGCAAGACUAUAGUGGAGCUGCGGCAACCCCAUCUUGUUGAAAUGCUUGAUGAUAUGAGCAAACAGGUGACAAGUUUACUGUCUACCCUCGUUACAUCCACCUUCGUUAUAGAGAAGCAACCACCUCAAGUUAUGAAGACUAACACUCGUUUUACAGCAACCGUUCGUUUGCUCGUCGGUGGUCAAUUAAAUGUUCAUAUGACACCACCCAGAGUUACGGUGGUAAUAAUAUCGGAGCAACAAGCUCAGUUGUUACUAAAGAGUGACACUCAAGGUGGUAGAGGAAAGCAGCCGGUUGAAUGUGGUGAUAUCCUCAAUAAUAGCGGCUGUAUGGAGUACCAGCACACCAGCAGGCAGCUCAGUGUUAGCUUCAGAAACAUGCAACUGCGUAAGAUAAAACGCGCAGAAAAGAAAGGUACAGAAAGUGUAAUGGAUGAAAAGUUGACUCUACUCUUCCAAUCAGAGUUCAAUGUCGGAGGAGGAGAACUUGUAUUUCAGGUAUGGACUCUAUCUCUGCCCGUGGUGGUGAUAGUCCAUGGUAACCAGGAGCCCCACGGCUGGGCAACAGUCACGUGGGAUAAUGCCUUCAGUCCACCAGGACGUGUACCUUUUGCUGUACCGGAUAAGGUGACAUGGGGUCAGUUGGCGGAGACACUUCGCAUCAAAUUUGGUUCAGCAACUGGAGGAGAUCUCUCUGAAGAUAACUUACGCUUCCUCGCAGAGAAGAUAUUUAGUCUCCCAUACAGGAGCAAUCUCCCAAUUUCCACAAUGGAGCUGAACGCGAUGGCUGUCAGCUGGACCCAGUUCUGCAAGGAUGCGCUGCCGGAGAGGAACUUCACCUUCUGGGAGUGGUUCUACAUGGUGGUGAAGGUCACCAGGGACUAUCUGCGUACUCUGUGGUGUGAUAGAUUGAUUAUGGGCUUCAUACAGAAGAAGCAAGCUGAGGAAAUGCUAGCGAAAUGUCCUCCUGGCACUUUUCUGUUGCGUUUCUCUGAUUCUGAACUGGGAGGGAUAACUAUCGCAUGGACUGGAGAAGGUAAUGAGGUGUUCAGCCUGCAGCCGUUCACCUCUCGUGAUCUGAUGCUGCGCUCUCUGGCAGAUCGCAUCCUGGACCUCGCACAGCUUCAGUUCCUCUAUCCUAAUGUUGCUAAAGAUGAUGUCUUCUCCAAAUAUUAUACUAAACCUGAGAAUGAGAUGCUGAAGAACGGUUACGUGAAGCCAGUACUGGUGACCACUUUGCCGCCGUACAUGUCUCCAUCACCUGCGUACGCGCACUCGCACUCUCCUGACUCGCAUCGUAAUACACCCAGUGUGCAGAGCAGUUACUUCAGCGCCGCUACUCCCGCACAAACAGAGAGUAGCUUUAUGGACAGCGAGUUGUUUGAGCAAAUACGAGCCUUCGAACCUGACGGUCUUGACGAUUUUGACUUCUACGGCGGGAAUAUGAGCAUGAAAUAAGGUGGCAACACGGAAUUUACCUAUAGUUGUAAGUUGAUGGUUAUUUUUUUCAAUAGCUUCGAGUCAAGUAUUUUAUAUAGCUUAUAAAAUAGCACCGUGCCAUAGAUUCAAAAUCAAA